AUGGCGGAGCAAGAGAUAGGCUCUUCAUACAUUGCUUCACUCUACAAACCACCCGCCUUGCUCCCAAUUGCUCGCCAUCGAGAUGCUCUACUCUAUCUCAUCGAGACCUUCCCCGUCACUAUCGUCGUAGGGCAGACCGGCAGUGGCAAGACGACGCAGAUCCCACAGUACCUUGACCAGGCAGGAUGGUCGUCGAAAGAAAAAUGCAUUGCUCCGCGCCGGGUAGCCGCAACAACAGUAGCAGCAAGAGUCGCAGAGGAGAUGAGAUGCAAGUUAGGUCAAGAGGUUGGCUAUUCUAUCCGCUUUGAGGAUGUCACAUCUGCUGCUACUCGCAUCAAGUUUCUGACCGAUGGCCUGCUGCUCAGGGAAGCUUUGGUCGACCCCCUUCUCUCUCGUUACUCUGUCAUCAUGGUAGACGAAGCCCACGAACGCUCAUUAAGCUCCGACAUUCUCUUGGGCCUUCUGAAGAAAAUUAGGAAGAAGCGCUCCGACCUUAGAAUCGUAGUCAGCAGUGCCACGCUGGACGCGGAAAAUUUCCUGCAAUUCUUCGCCAGUGAUUCCCAAGCUGAAAAUAGCAAUGGGGAUUCCGAGCCAGGCGGUACCAUCGGGCGCAUCAUCAGUCUGGAAGGCAGAAUGUAUCCGGUGGAUAUCCAUUACCUCGAAGAACCAGCGGAAGACUACGUCGAAAGGGCAGUAAAGACAGUCUUCGAUAUCCAUUCCUCUGAGCCAGAUGGCGAUAUUCUUGUAUUCCUCACCGGUCGCGAAGAAAUCGAGACCGCUAUGGACAUGAUUGCUGACAGAAUGGGCACUCUCAAUCCCAACGCUCCGUCACUACAACCUCUCCCUCUCUAUGCUGGCCUUACGACGGAUCAACAAAUGUACGUAUUUGAGCCAGCACCAGACAACACUCGCAAGGUCAUUAUCGCCACGAACAUCGCCGAAGCAUCUGUGACAAUAGAUGGAAUAGUCUACGUUAUUGACUGCGGAUAUGUCAAGCUCCGUGCGUACAACCCAGUGACCGGCAUCGAGACAUUGACUGCGGUCCCCGUCUCCAAGGCUUCGGCAACCCAGCGUGCAGGAAGAGCAGGUCGCACCAAAGCUGGGAAAUGCUACCGCCUCUUUACAGAGCAAAGCUUCGAAGGUCUCGCUGAGUCGACUGUACCCGAGAUCCAGCGCUCCAAUCUCGCUCCAGUAGUGCUCCAACUAAAAGCGCUGGGCAUUGACAACAUCGCCCGAUUCGACUACCUGACUCCUCCUCCGUCCGAGCUCAUGGUGCGAGCUCUUGAACUUCUCUUCUCUCUCGGCGCUCUAGAUGACUACGCUAGACUCACUAAGCCACUUGGAACCCGCAUGGCAGAGCUUUCCGUCGAGCCCAUGAUGGGUAAAGUGCUUCUCUCAGCCUCAAACUUCGACUGCCUCAGCGAAGCUCUAUCGAUAGCAGCGAUGACGAGUCUCCAAGGCGCCGUGUGGUUCCAUCAUGAAGGCGAGAAGAAGUCUCAAGAGACUGCGCGCAGGAAGUUUGCCGCAGAGGAAGGCGACCAUCUGACUUUGUUGAAUGUCUAUCAAGCAUUCGUGACCAAGGGGAAGAAGGAGGCGAAAUGGUGUCGCGACAACUACCUGAACUUCAAAUCAAUGACUCGGGCAGUGAGUAUAAGAAACCAGCUUAAAAGGUACUUGGAGAGGUUUGGGAUCAACGUGGACGAAAGUCUGGGCAGGGACUCAAUGGUCCUAAGAGCUGGGGGGCUUGAUAUGGCAGAGAAGAUCCGCAGAUGCUUGACAUCUGGAUUCUUUGCUCAUGUGGCGAGAAUGCAGCCAGAUGGAUCCUUCAGGACGGUUGAUGGAGGGACAGUGCUACACGCACAUCCAACCUCGCUGAUGUUUAACCGGAAAGCGGACUGGGUCAUUUUCCACGAGGUCAUGGAAACGGGAAACAAGACGUUCAUACGGGAUAUCACCAAGAUUGAGAAAGGAUGGCUGCUAGAAUACGCGCCGGAGUAUUAUCGCAUAGCAAAGAGGUAA